GCCCCGCCCACCAACAUCACUUCCGCCUCGCGACAAGAUGGCGGCGCCCUGGCCCUGCCACGCAGACUUCCGCCCGGCGCCGAGACUCGGAACGCGCUGCGCGUCGCGUCGGAGGUGAAAUCGGGACGUGCAUGGUGUUGAACUACAGCCUGGGCAUCAUGUCGGAAGGAAACGCCGCGGGCGAGCCCAGCGCUCCGGGAGGGCCCCGACCCCUUCUUUCUGGGGCGCGGGGGCUUAUUGGGCGAAGGCCGGCACCUCCCCUCACCCCGGGCCGCCUUCCCUCCAUCCGCUCCAGGGACCUCACCCUCGGGGGAGUCAAGAAGAAAACCUUCACCCCAAAUAUCAUCAGUCGGAAGAUCAAGGAAGAGCCCAAGGAAGAAGUAACUGUCAAGAAAGAGAAGCGUGAAAGGGACAGAGACCGACAGCGAGACGGCCAUGGACGGGGCCGGGGGCGCCCAGAAGUGAUCCAGUCCCACUCCAUCUUCGAGCAGGGCCCUGCCGAAAUGAUGAAGAAAAAGGGGAACUGGGAUAAGACCGUGGAUAUGUCAGAUGUGGGGCCCUCUCACAUCAUCAACAUCAAAAAGGAGAAGAGGGAGACAGAUGAAGAAACAAAACAGAUCCUGCGCAUGCUGGAGAAGGAUGAUUUCAUCGAUGACCCUGGGCUUAGGAAUGAUAUUCGAAAUAUGCCUGUGCAACUCCCGCUGGCUCACUCGGGCUGGCUUUUUAAGGAAGAGAAUGAGGAAGCAGAUGUUAAACCACGGCUGGCUGGCCCCAAGGAAGAGGAUAUGGAGGUGGACAUGUCUGCUGUGAAAGUAAAAGAGGAGCCCCGAGAUGAGGAUGAGGAAGCCAAGAUGAAGGCUCCUCUCAGAGCAGCCAGGAAGAUCCCGGCCCUCCCGAAGGAUGUGUCUGUGGCAGAGCUGCUCAGGGAGCUGAGCCUCACGCAGGAGGAAGAGCUGCUGUUCCUGCAGCUGCCAGACUCACUGCCCGGCCAGCCACCCACUCAGGACAUCAAGCCCAUCAAGACGGAGGUGCAGAGCGAGGACGGGCAGAUGGUGGUGAUAAAGCAAGAGAAAGACCGGGAAGCCAGGCUGGCAGAGAACACUUGCACCCUGGCUGACCUGACAGAGGGACAGGUCGGCAAGCUGCUCAUCCGCAAGUCGGGGAAGGUGCAGCUCCUCCUCGGCAAGGUGACUCUGGACGUGACGAUGGGGACCACUUGCUCUUUCCUGCAGGAGCUGGUGUCCGUGGGCCUUGGAGACAGCAGGACAGGCGACAUGACAGUCCUGGGACACAUAAAGCACAAACUUGUCUGUUCUCCCAACUUCGAAUCCCUGCUGGAUCACAGACACCGGUAAAGCGAGCAGAUGGAGGACGGUGGUGACUGUGCCCACGACUGCUGCCUGCUCCAGACGUUUUGUUCUCAAAUCUGUUCGACCCAGAAGGGGCCUGUUCAGCCCACCCACUCCAGCCAUUGUCCCAGUUUUCCCCACAGGGCCCGCACAUGGCUCCCUUCCACGGUGGCUGUGAACAGCACGAUGACCUUCCCACAGU